AUGAGAGAAUAUGAUACCAGAAAAAUCAAUGCAGAAAUCGCAGCUCUACAAGCAGAGCUGAGAGGCAUUAAGAGGUGGGUGCUCUUCUCCACAAGUGAAGAAGCUGGAAAGAAGUGCUUUGUGAACACUGGCAGAAAAAUGAGCUUUAAUGGAGUGAAGGCUCUGUGCUCCCAAUUCCAGGUCACUCCCAGGAAUGCUGAGGAAAUGCAGAAGGUGGCUAAAGAGAUUGCCUACAUGGGCUUGACAGAUGAGAGGACUGAAAACCAGUUUUUGGACUUGAAAGGAAACAGACUGCAGUACACUAACUGGAAUGAUGGUGAACCCAACAACACAGGGGAUGAGAAAGAGUGUGUGGUACUCCUGUUAAAUAGCAAAUGGAAUGAUGUCCACUGCUUGGACUCCUUUUUGGCAGUCUGUGAGUUCUCAGACUGAGGGUGUUUGUUUCUCAGUCCUCGUUGAUGCCUUAUUGUGCUCCAUAAGUCCACAAUUUGUUCUGAAAUAUAAACGAGGUAAAAAUAUAAACAAUUAAGCAUUAGUGGCCCAAUUAAACUAUACUGCUUUUUUUUUCUGGAAUAGUAUUUCCU